GAUUCAGACCAGCACAUAAGCAAAAAAAAAAUCAAAAUGGGGCACAGAGUCCGCGGUUUGAAAUUGUUGAACUCAAUGUUGAGUCUAGAAUGCAGCAAAAUGUUGAAGAAACUGUUGUUCCUCAAGCUUGUGCUGAUCUUUACUGGACACUGAAGUGUUUUGGGUACAGAUGAGAAAUGAUAAAGGCAAAACGUCAGUUAUGGGAGUGGUGUUCAUCCUCCUGAACAGUAACCGUAUGGUAUAAUGGAAGAGUUUAUCAGAAAGGUGACCAUGAACUGCUCUGUUUCUACUUUCCGAAUAGCCACUUUCGUCAAGAGUUCUCGGAUACUUCUGUCUAAAUCCAAUCUGCAAUACUUGAGCACCUCAGCAACUUGGAGCGCAGCAGCAGAGAGAAAUGUGCCCAACAGCAAGAAUCUCAAAGAGGAAAACCAAAUUUCAAAAGGCCCAACCAAACCAUUACCAAAAUGUGCUGAUGUGGUGGUGAUGGGUGGAGGCAGCCUGGGCUGCCACACCUUGUACCAUCUGACAAAAAUGGGGAUCACCAACGUAGUCCUGCUGGAAAGGGACCAGCUGACAUCUGGAACCACUUGGCACACUGCCGGUCUCUUGUGGCAGCUGCGGCCCAGUGACAUUGAGAUCGAGUUGCUGAGCCAUACGAGGGCAGUUGUGAGUAAAGAUCUGGAGGAGGAGACUGGGCUACACACAGGUUGGAUUGAGAAUGGUGGCCUCUUCAUCGCCUCCAACAAACAGCGACUGGAUGAAUACAAACGCCUCAUGUCGUUGGGUAAAGUCUUCGGGAUUGAGUCAUAUGUGCUGUCCCCUGCGGAGACGAAGGACCUGUACCCCCUGAUGAAUGUGUGUGAUCUGUAUGGUACACUGUAUGUCCCCACUGAUGGCACUAUGGAUCCUGCUGGGACCUGUUCUACCCUUGCACGAGCUGCCACAGCAUGUGGGGCAUCGGUGAUUGAAAACUGUCCAGUGACAGGGAUUCAGGUGAAGGUGGAUGAUUAUGGAGUGAGGCGUGUCACUGGUGUAGAGACGGAGUAUGGAACAAUACAGACAGCUUGUGCAGUUAACUGUGCAGGUGUGUGGGCUCGGACACUGGGAGCAAUGGCAGGAGUCAAUGUCCCACUCAUUGGCAUGCGCCAUGCAUAUGUGGUAACAGAACGGAUUGAAGGUAUACAGAAUAUGCCGAAUGUUCGGGAUCAUGACAGCUCUGUAUAUCUCCGUCUCCAAGGCGAUGCCCUGUCUGUUGGUGGAUAUGAGCCAAACCCACACUUCUGGGAAGAGGUAUCAGAUAAAUUUGCCUUCAGCCUCUUUGACCUGGAUUGGGACAUUUUCACUCAGUUGAUUGAAGGAGCUAUCAAUCGUAUCCCUGCUUUGGAGACCACGGGGGUGAAGUCGACUGUGUGUGGCCCAGAGUCAUUCACUGCUGACCACAAGCCCCUGAUGGGAGAGGCUCCCGAGCUCAGAGGCUUCUACUUGGGAUGUGGAUUCAACAGUGCAGGAAUGAUGUUGGGGGGUGGCUGUGGAAAGGAGCUCGCUCAUUGGGUCAUCCAUGGACGACCAGAGAAGGACAUGUAUGGUUACGACAUUUGCCGUUUUCAUCACUCACUGACCAACAACAAUCGCUGGAUCCGAGAGCGAAGCCACGAGUCCUACGCCAAGAAUUAUUCAGUGGUUUUCCCUCACGAUGAGCCCCUCGCUGGAAGAAACAUGAGGCUCGAUCCCCUGCAUGAGGAGCUCGUUCAACAGGGUUGUAUAUUCCAAGAGAGACAUGGAUGGGAGCGUCCUGGCUGGUUCAAUCUUAAGGGACCUGCUCCGAUUCUGGAUUAUGAUUAUUACGGAGCCUAUGGCAACAAGCAGCAUGAAGAUUACAGGUAUAAACAGUUAUUAUGGGAAGAUUACACCUUUGACUUCCCCCCGCACCAUAAACAGAUUAAGUUCGAGUGUGAAAGGUGCAGGAACGCAGCUGCCAUCUUUGACAUGUCCUAUUUUGGGAAAUUUUAUCUUCUGGGCCCAGAUGCUAAAAAGGCAGCAGAUUGGCUAUUUUCUGCUGAAGUCAGCACGUCAGUAGGUAAAACUGUUUACACUUGUAUGCUGAAUAGUCGAGGUGGGACUGAGAGUGACCUCACAGUUAGCCGUAUCGAAACCGCUCCACAAGGAACAGCACUCACGCCUGCCUUUGAAGGUGAUGGCUAUUAUUUGGCAGUCGGAGGUGGAGUGGCCCAGCACAACUGGACCCAUAUUAGCUCUGUUCUUCAGGACCAGAGGCUGAACUGCCAACUUGUCGAUUGUUCAGAAGAACUUGGAAUGAUCAGCGUGCAGGGACCCAAGAGUCGCUCAGUGCUGCAGGAAGUUCUCGACGCUGACCUAAGCAACGAGGCUUUUCCCUUCUCGACACACCAGAUUGUGAAGGCAGCUGGACACACAGUGCGGGCUAUGAGACUCUCGUUUGUUGGUGAGCUGGGCUGGGAGUUACAUGUGCCACGGGAAUCGUGUAUUGCUGUUCAUCGUGCCGUGAUGCAAUCUGGGGCCAAGUUUGGAAUCAUCAAUGCUGGUUACAGAGCCAUUGAUUCACUCAGCAUCGAGAAAGGUUACAGACACUGGCAUGCUGACCUUCGAUCCGAUGACACCCCACUGGAGGCCGGGCUCGCCUUCACUUGCAAACUGAAGUCACAGGUCCCGUUUCUUGGUCGGGAGGCGCUGGAGAAGCAGAAAGCCGAGGGGCUGUUUAAACGCUUGCUGUGUUUCACCAUUGACGAGAAGGUCCCCAUGUUCGGCCUGGAAGUGAUUUGGAGGAACGGGAAAGCUGUCGGACACAUCCGGAGGGCAGAUUUCGCAUUUACACUCAAUAAGACGAUAGCUUAUGGUUACAUCAGGGAUCCUGAUGGUGGAGUGGUAACACCUGACUUUGUGAAGAGUGGCAAGUACUCACUGGAGAGGAUGGGCAUUUCCUACCCAGCAAAGGUCCACCUCAAAUCCCCCUUCGAUCCAAACAACAAACGAGUGAAAGGGAUUUAUUAGUGAGGAUCCAGGAGGAAGACUGCUUGUGAUCCCAGAGCUUUGAAACCAGGAAAUAUGUGACCAGGAAUUUGCUGCAUUGGCUUUGUGUUCCAGCCCUGUAAUUGGAAGAUCAGUUUCUGGAACACAUAGAGGUUUUGGUGAAAUUUCUGAACUGGACAUUAUAACCUGAGCCUUUACUCCUGACUUGUUCAGUGCAAGGGUGUAAUUUUAAUAUUUUACUGAAUUGAUACAAAUUCUACAGUUUUUAUAAUCAUUUUCAAUCAAGUUUUAACAAAUUAAAGUUUACAUCAGUGCCA